AUGGCCAGUCGACAGUUGCCUGUUGACUUUGUUGUCGACUCGCUCCCCAUCCCGGACGAGCCACCUGUGCCUCGACAGGUCAGACGCGUCAAAUCGUCCUCGGCCCUGACGAGUAAUGGGGCGGCUCCCGAUAGCAAGGCAGCCAACACCAAGUGGAAAUCAGCAUUGGGCGAGGCGCAAUAUUUCGCUGGCGGUCUCAUUGCCCGUCCCGCCGAGUCGACACGGCACUAUAGCAUCAUCAGACAUUCGCAUGCCCUGAUUUGGUAUCGUGGGCCGUCUACAUCCCUCAUGAUUACAAUUCUGAGCGAUGCCGAUGUCCCUAGUAAUCGAACGCUUUGGCUGCAGCGCAAGGGAUACUCUGGCAACGUCGGCAUGACCCUAAAGGCCAUGGUCGGGGGAAAAGGCGACUGGAUCGACGUGACGCCUGCGAACCGCGCAGAGAUCCAGGACGUGUCGGAGAUGGAUGAGCGAGGCAUGCAAAGGGAUCUCAAGAGGUUCAGGAAGAAAGCCUCGGGAAAACAGAAAGCGCAUGUGCCCCGCGAGACGCAUGUCGUGAGGAUCCCUGCGCACGCAGAGGACGGCUAUUUCCGACUGGUGCUGUGCGCGGGCGAAAACAGCAAAAAGAUCCUCUGCGGCUGCCCUGUCUUCCGUGUUGCGAGUACUAGCACGGACGUUAGCGUCGUACGGGGUGCUGGGGUCCGCACGAUGCCGCUCGAGGUUGGAGUCAAGGUUGGCACCACUGUGGCGCAGCAAUUUGCAAAGAGAUACACCGGGCCUGCGACGGCUGUCGUGCAGAGUCGAGCAGGCAAGGCGAUGGGCAACCAGGUUGUGAAGCGCACCAUGAACGUUGGGUCCAAAGUAUUUGGCACAGGGCGAUUGGUUGCGAAACAAACAGGCGUGGAGGACCAUGUUGUCGAGGGGUGGAAGCGUGGUAAAGACGGCCGAUAUGCUGCUGUGGUCCAUGCGAGAUCUCUCGAUGAUGGUGAUGCAGAGUGUCAAGAACCGGAAACACAGUUUCCGGUCAGUCUGGAAGGCAAGGUGGUGCGAGGAACAGGGCGGAUGUGGUCUGAGCUGGGCAUACCGACAGCCAACCUCUCUGGCGUGAGAGAUGAGAUCAAGAUGCGCUGGCGGGGCGUGUAUGCUGCCUGGGCAUCUGUCGUGAUGCAGAGAAAGGACGAUGAGCUUUCUCCCGACUGGCACGAGGCCAUUGUGACGGUCGGACCCCUGCGGCACUCGCCGCCUGAUGUCGUCGCGAAGAACCGGGUCACGGUGCGUAUCUUGCACGACUUUGACGAAGCGACAUUCUUCGACCACAAAGUCCGCGUCGUUCUGAUGGGCUAUCUGCACCCGCCUCCGGAGAAGGAUGAAGACGCCGACGAGUUGGCCCGGCAGCACGACGAAGACACGAUAACUGUCAUGGGAAGCCUUGCUCGCGAGGGGUGGAGCAUUGAAGAUGCGCUGAGGAGGGAUCGCACUUUGGCCGAGCGGUUGGACGGGGUGACAGGCAUGGUGCAGAAUACGGUGGACAGGAUCCCGUUACAUUGGGUUGGGGCGAGGACCGAGGGAAGCAACAUGAGGGAUAAAGUUUAUGGCACAGGAGGUCUCUGGAUACCCAGGUAA